CUUAGCUUGAAGAUGGGCCCAACUCCAGGACCCAACCCCAUUACCGCCAUCGCAGUAAAUUCUUUCCAGAAUCCCAUAUAAAGGGCUGUAGUGAAGACGCAGGGGGUGGCUGCAGAUAAGGUUCUCUCUUUCUUGUUGCCAUAGUUUCACGUACCAGUAUACCCUCUUGUUCCUCAUCUUCUCCUGCUAAAGAAUAACUUUCAAGAUUCAAAGUUUCCUAGAUCUAAUCUCUUUGCCUUUCUUCCUUCUUCCAUGAUCUCUUUACCUGCGAGCUGCUUUCAUCUCCCGAGAUUGCCAGUCCUUAGAGAAACCAACACCUCGAGCUUCCUUCGUCAUGGUCGAACAUAUAAAUUCAAGUCCCAAAAUCACCGAAAUAGAUUAUUUAUCAAUGCGGUCGGAAUGAACUCAUUCGACUCGAGUAAUCUGCAACAACAACAGCCAAGAACACUGUUUCCGGGCGGAUUUAAGAGGCCGGAGAUUAAGGUACCCACGCUGGUGCUUCAAUUGAAAUCAGACGAGGUAUUGGAGAGGGAAGGAGUUUUGGAUGUUAUUGAUGUUACCGUCAGUAAAUGGGUUGGAAUUGUUGUGCUCGAUGAUGGUUCGCCAGGAAGUGGUGGCCGCUUGUAUGAGGCAGCUUGCCUAUUGAAGUCGGUUGUUAGAGAUCGUGCUUAUCUUCUUAUUGCGGAGCGUGUCGAUAUUGCAGCUGCUGUUGGUGCUAGCGGCGUUCUGCUCUCCGACCAAGGUCUACCUCCCAUUGUUGCAAGGAAUAUGAUGGUCCAGUCCAAGUCUGAGUCUACCAUCCUCCCUAUAGUGGCAAGAAACGUGCAGACAGCUAGUGCUGCCUUAAGUGCAUCUAAUUCUGAAGGUGCUGAUUGCCUUUUAUAUAGUGCUGAUGGAACAAACCAUGUUGAAUUAACGGUGAACCCUGUAAUUCAGAAUGUCAAUAUACCAAUUUUUACUACAAUUGCUUUAGUAGGACAGGGCACACUUCUGACAGAAGCAUCAAAGUUACUCAACUCAGGUGCUAGUGGUUUGGUCAUUACAUUGGAAGAUAUGAAGCUGUUUAGUGAUGACACUCUGAGCAAAUUGUUUAAUACGAUUUGUGUACCAAGUACAAGAGCACAGCAUGAAAUUCAGAGCUUCAAUAAACUUGAAAAAGGGGAUGUGGUUGAUAAAUUUCACGGGAAUAAAGCAUACGCUGGCUUUACUAAGUUGGAGGAUAGAGAGAAAAUUAUAAUAGAAACAGAGAGACGGGUUAUGCUUGACACAACUGCUAUUAUCUGCAAAGCGGCACCACUGAUGGAAGAGGUCUCGCUGCUUACUGAUGCAGUGUCUCAGCUUGAUGAGCCGUUUUUGCUGGUUAUAGUGGGUGAAUUUAACUCUGGUAAAUCUACUUUUAUCAAUGCUCUCCUUGGAAGAAGGUACCUAAAAGAAGGAGUUGUUCCUACAACUAAUGAGAUCACUUUGUUACGCUACUCUGAACUGGAAUCUCAUGAGCAAGAAAAUUGUGAAAGGCAUCCGAAUGGACUAUUUGUACGCUCCUUGCCUGCACCAAUUCUUAAAGAAAUGAACCUUGUUGAUACACCAGGAACUAAUGUGAUUCUCCAAAGACAACAACGCCUUACUGAAGAGUUUGUGCCACGCGCUGAUUUGAUUCUUUUUGUUAUUUCUGCUGAUCGGCCAUUAACUGAAAGCGAGGUUGCUUUUCUUUGUUAUAUUCGGCAGUGGAAGAAAAAAGUUGUUUUUGUAUUGAAUAAAUCUGAUAUCUAUCGGAGUACCAGUGAGCUUGAGGAAGCAAUCGCAUUUGUUAUGGGUAAUGCUCAGAAGCUGCUGAGUAGUGAACAUGUGACAUUAUAUCCUGUAUCUGCCCGGUCUGCACUUGAAGCAAAACUUUCUGUUUCUUCAGAUGUUGAAAAAGAUUAUGGGGAGUCCUUGUGCACUAACUCUGAUUGGAGAACCAAUUGUUUCUAUGAACUCGAAAGGUUCUUGUUUAGCUUCUUAGAUGCUUCAACAAAUAAUGGAAUGGAAAGAAUUAGGCUUAAGCUUGAAACACCAAUUAACAUUGCAGAACAACUACUGUCUGCUUGUGAAAAAAUUGUGAGACAAGGCUGUGAAUCUGCCAAUCAAGAUUUAGUCUCAGUUAAUGAAAUCGUCACCGGAGUUGAAAUUUAUGCAAUGAAGAUGGAAAGUGAGAGUCUUUCUUGGAGGAGACAAGCAUUAUCACUGGUUGAUAACUCAAAAGCACGUGUUCUGAAGCUUGUAGAAUCUAAUCUUCAAUUAUCAAAUCUUGAUCUUGUUGUGUCCUACAUUUUCAAAGGGGAGAAAUCUGCUUCAUUGCCUGCAACCUUGAGUAUUCAAGACGAAAUUAUUAGCCCUGCACUUUCUGAUGCAAAGAAACUUCUUGGAGAGUAUUUGAUGUGGUUACAAUCAAAUAAUGCUCGUGAAGGGACACUUUACCAGGAAUAUUUUGAGAAAAGAUGGCCUUCAUUUGUCAACCCUCACAACCAGGAACUUGAAACUCACAAAUUGCUGAAGAAAGGUGAGGAGCUUAGCCUGAAAGUAGUAAAGGACUUAAGUGCUAGUGCUGCUGCAAAACUUUUUGAGCUAGAAAUCCGUGAAGUGUUUUUGGGAACUUUUGGGGGACUUGGUGCAGCUGGCUUAUCUGCUUCCCUUCUAACAUCAGUGCUACCAACCACAUUAGAAGAUCUUCUUGCUCUAGGCCUUUGUUCUGCCGGCGGUUAUGUAGCAAUUUCAAAUUUUGCUGCCCGUCGAAAGGAGUGGGCCUUAUUGGGAUGCAGCACAACAUAG